AUGGUGCUGAUGAUCCGACUGCAAUCCAUCAAUUCAUGGUUCAGAUGGCCGUUCGAGAAGAGCCUGUUCAGCAUCCGCGCCCGGCCGGACAAGCGAGCCAGCCGUAACAAGCGAGGGCAACGCCCAAGAGAGAAGGUUUGGACGAAAAGAGAAUCAGGAUACGAAAGCUGGGAUGGAUUGGCUUGGCUUGGCUUGGAUUGUGGAAUACGAUCAGUCUCCGGCGCAUCUCGAUCAAGCAAGUCCCAAGGAGGAGUGGAGAUGAAGAGACAGCCCACAUCACCACCGCAUCUCUCGCCAUUGCAAUCCCUCAUUGGGUGUGGUGAAGUGAUGCCGAUGCGCGCGCGUUUUCUAGCAUCCCCUCUCCCCAGGACAGGCGGCAUUCCUCGUCUGCUGUGGGCGUUUUUCCUCUUGGAUGUUCAUGCUCCCCGGUCAUUGAAUUGUCAACCAGUGAACCGAGCAAACACCAGCCCGUGGCAUCUACUGGAGGCCGCUGCCGAUUCGACAGAGCGAGAUUGCUUUCAAGACCCCGUGAUCUGCGUCGAGUCAAAAGAGCACUCCUGGAGUAGGCCACCAUUCUUACGAGGUAGCACUACGGUUCGUGUACGUACCAUUGGAUCAAUGCUCGGCGUGGCUGGCAAAAGGGAUUACAGUGGGAGUGACUUCAAUUACGACCCGAUAAGAGCUGAUAAGAAAGCGAGAAUAAGCCGAAUCAUAGCUACGGGGGACUGA